AUGGCCGCUGUUGGCUCUCCUAAGCCAGCGCCCUUUAAGAUGGAUCUUACUUUUCAUUCCAUCAGGGUGUCCAGCCACCCUCCACACCAAAACCCAAAAGGAAAAGGUGGGGGAGACGGUUUAGUCGCCGUCGACUCGACCCUGAAACAGGUAGUACUGGCUUCCAGGUUACCAGUAGCAGAAAACUGUCAGGUCUCCAGACCUGACAAGCCUCCUGACCUGACCUCCCUGACUGCACUGUACUCCUGCCUUGCUAAUGGAAGCCCUGAUGAGUUCCAGAGGGGUGAGCAUAUGGUCAGGAACAAAGCCGUCAAAGAUGUUCUUCAAAUCGGAUUUCACCUGAGUGGGACUGUAGUACCAUCCCAUCCCAUGACCCAACAGCAUGGUACAAGCGCAACCUUCAACGUCGCCAUCACCUUUGACCGUAGACGCAUCUCCUCUUGCAGCUGUACAUGCAGUUCGGCCAGUAAGUGGUGUAGUCACGUGGUGGCGCUGUGUCUCUACCGAAUCCAUCAUCCAUCGUCCGUCUGUCUUCGUGCUCCUGUUUCAGAAUCCCUGUCCAGACUUCAUAGAGAACAGCUUCAGAAGUUUGCCCAAUAUCUCAUCAGUGAAUUCCCUCGUUUGAUCCUACCUACCGCUCAGCGACUCCUUGAUGAGUUGCUAUUGUCACAAGGUAGUGCUAUCAACAAGGUUUGUGGUGCUCCUGAUCCUACUGCAGGACCACCAGCUACAGAGAUGACACAUUGGUUCUUAGAUGAAGCCAUCCUUCAUGAGAACAUCAAGAAAACCUUGAUCAGGUUCAGUGGCCCUUCACCCAUUGUUUUCAGUGAUGUCAACUCUUUAUACCUGUCCUCUACGGCACCUCAAGCAGCUGCAGAAUGGACUAACUUGCUUCGACCCCUGAGGGGACGGAUGCCUGAGGGUAUCUGGAACCUGCUAUCUAUUGUCAGGGAAAUGUACCGUCGACGUGACAGCAAUGCCAUCUCAUUGCUUCGUAUUUUAACAGAAGAAUGUAUCAUUUGUGAUCAGAUUGUGAUUUGGUGGUUCACCACGCGUACCUCAGCCCUCCACUCACAACAUGGAAACCAUGGACACCGGGCAAGUAGCAAUAGCAGUACAGCUGCAGCUCAGCAUGCAUGCGCUAGUAUGUGUGAAGAGAUCGUCACUCUGUGGCGACUAGCAGCUCUCAACCCUAUCAACUCGCGCCAAGACCGCAGAAAUCACGAGCAAGAAUUCCGCAAGUGGCAUCUGCAGGUGAUCGAGAAGGCAAGGAAAGCUCGGGGACCAUCACAUUGGGUGGGGGCUGGUGGCACGGGUGGGAACAAUAAUAAUCUUCGUAAAGUUGACAUUGAGGUCUUUGCAGGGUUCAAGCCUGCUAUUGAGGCUUGCAUGUUGGACUGGAGUGAUUUCCCCAUAGAGGGUGUUACACACAGAGAAACACGCAUCCCUCGAGUAAAAGUAGAUCAAGGUAGUGAUUCGAACAAUCAAUCCUCAGGGAGCAACCACCUAGUCAAAACACCAGAAUCUUCCAUGGCGGGAACACCAACAUGCCGAUCGAGUCCAGAGUGUAGCAAGCAGGAGGUUAAUGUAGUUGUAAGUAGUAGUCUUCAAGUGGAAUCGCCAGGCUCUAAGGAAGAGAAGGUGAAGGUUGAGUCGGACAGUGAGACUCUCCUGCGUGCGAACUCCUCUGAUUCUUCAAUGUCUUCAUCGAGUGACAGGGUCGAAGGUUACCAGACUGGUGCAAGCCUAUCACACUCUGAUGAUACAGACUCUGAUGUGCAGACUGUCUCAAACUUUGCUUCAAAGCAUUCAUCGGAUGGCAAACAUUUACAACCUCAUGGAGCCGAAAUCAAAGACACUGGUAGUCAGGGUUCAAACUCACCUCGUGAGGGCGCCACUGCUGGGGAUAAACCCAGCGGGAAGCGUAAAACAAAGAGCAAGCAUGUUGAUAGAGGUGAUUCUGAUCUAACAGACAGUGAAGCUGGUCUUGUAGCUGAACCGCUCAGGAGAGAGCAGGAGAGUGAUUCCUCUAAUGAUGCAAGGGCCGGUCGGAAGCAAGCGCUUCAAGUUGAACAGAGAGAGUCACGUGAGUCGCAACCUUCUAGUGAUGAAUAUCAGAUGUAUUAUUACGACACCAGACAGGCCAAAGCAGCAGAACCAACCCCACCUAAGAAGAAGAAUGAUACACCUAACCCAUUUGUGGGUAUUAAGAAAAUGGAAGAUAGGAUAGAGAUCAUGUUUUCAAGAGCAGAAGCGUUACAUGCUCAUGGUUAUACCAGACAUGCAUGUAAACUGGCCAUUCAGCUAGCUGAAGAGAUGUUAGACAAACCACCUGUGUUAGAUGCACCUCCUCCUACUGGUUUAUCAAAUAGAGCAAGGAAGAAGCAUGUUCAUUCUCAGAGUGUUCUAACCAGUAUGACUUUGUCUAAGGCAGCGUUCCUCUGUAGCGUUCUCUCAGAGCAGUCAGAAUGUCAUCACCUUGCGUUCAGGAUGGGAAUGUUUGGCUUGGAGUUGCCAAGGCAACCAGCAUCUACCAAAGCACUAGAGGUAAAGCUGAAUAGCCAGGAGACUGACUUGGUUACCUUGCUGAAGAGGAUACCUCUAGGUCCUUCUGAGCUUGGUAUGAUCCGUGAGAGAGCUCAGAAGCUACAAGAAGGUACCCUACGAUCCAGGGGAGAGGCAUUGCUUCCUAUAAUGCUUGCUAGCUUUAUCUUUGAUGCACUUUGCUUACCAGGUCAACCAGCUGCAAACAUACCUCGCACUUCAGUUCGUCUGGCCCUGGUCAGGGAGCGUACUCCUAACGAUGAGAAGAUGGGCUUUGAAGCGGCCGUUGGUGCUAUGGCAAUGAAAGCUAAUGUGAGUGAAGCUGAUCAUCCUCUACUGUGUGAGGGUACAAGAAGACAACGAGGAGACUUGGCUCUAGCUAUGCUAUCACAUUACAAGGAAGACCAAGGAAAAUUCAGACAGAUUUUGGAUGCCCUUCUAGAUAAGCAAGGUCCAAAGACCCACAAGACACCAUGUGCUGCUCCUAAUCCUAUUAAUCCAGUGGUAUCUAGACCAUCUCAGCAAAUCCCCACUCAUGGCCAUGGCCAUGCCCAUAACCACAUCCACCCACAAAGUCACAUGCCCCACCCACAAACAGCCACAGGGGAUGACAUAGCUGCCCGUAUCGCACAGAAUAUGGGUGAACUCUCUAUGACUGGCAUGCCUCCUGGACAACCCGCAGGAAUUAAACCUCAAGAUGUAAAGAGAGGUAAAGGUGGCAUGAAAGACGGCCAUGAUAGCUGUGAGGGCGGGUCUGACAGCAACAGCCGCAAGGAUAAGAAAUCCAAAUCUAGACUAGAGGCUCCGGGACCACGCCCUGUUUCCUCUGGACCACCUCUGACAGUCUCCGGCAACUCCAAUCUUGAUCCUGCCAUGUGUAGGAUAGGACAACCUAAUAUCAGUCAGGCUGGUGGAGGUAGGAAUAGAGGGGAAUUCCCUACUAUCAGUGGGGAGGAUGAUGGAAGUCAUCACCCCUCUACCCAUGGUCCACCAGGGGGAAGCAACCACCCAUCAACUACCACUGGUAUUGGUUACUGGGGAAGGAUAUUUGGAAGACAUCCUAGGAAAAGUAAAGGUAUGGCUAGUAUAGACAGUAGUGCACCCGAGACAACCUCCAGUGAUAACUCCCCCACCCUAGCAAGACGAGUACCCCCAGGGGGAUGGGGACGGUAUCAUGGACCAGGUAGUGAUAGCGGAAGCAGUGGUAAUUCAAGUGAUUCAGUCAGUUCUAGUAGUUCAGGAGAGAGAGGAUCAGGUGCAAGGCCCAAGCUUAGGGAGGCUGAACCAAGUCCAGGGCAAGGCAUACCAGUGUCACUGAUGCGUGCUAACCCAGUCAGUAUACCGGUUGCACCAGAGAAUCUUAAUGAGAACAAGGCUUGUAUAGCAGCAGGCAAAGCAAACAGAAGGGGUCGUAAAGGAGGUCGUAAUGACAACUGUCCGACCGUUCCGAACCAGCCCAGCGAGGCUUCAGCACACUUCUUCUUUGAGUUGGCGAAGACCGUGUUGAACCGAGCUGGUGGUUCAAGCAGCACGGCGCUCUUCACCCAGGAGUGUACAAACUCUAAUCACUCCGGGCCUCACAGAGGUCUUCAUCUGUGUGCGUUUGAGAUUGGAUUGUAUGCAUUGAGACUUCAUAAUGCUGUUACACCUAACUGGCUUUCCAGGACAUAUUCAUCUCAUGUUUCAUGGAUUACAGGUCAAGCUAUGGAGAUUGGGAGUGCAGCUAUCAACCUUCUCGUUGAAACUUGGGAGGGGCAUCUUACUCCUACAGAAGCUGCUUCAUUGGCUGACCGUGCUUCCAGAGGGCGUGAUCCUAACAUGGUACGAGCAGCAGCCCAGCUAGCUUUGUCUUGUCUCAGUCACGCUCACGCUCUCAAUCCAACCGAUGUGAACAGGGCACUCAUGCAGUGUAAGGAGCAGGAUAUCAUGAUGUUACAGAAGGCAUGUGUAGCUGUAGAAAGCGCAGCCAAGGGCGGAGAUGUCUACCCAGAAGUACUGUUCAAUGUUGCUAAGCAGUGGGAGUGGCUUCAUGACAACUCUACAGGACAGGGUAACCAUAGCAACCAAAGACAUCAGCAUCAUCACCACCAUCAGCAGCAUCAGCACGAUUCAGAUGAAGACAAAUCAACCGCAGCAGACGAAGGUACAGGAGAGGAGAUUGGGCCUGUGGUUCCUUUUGUCAACGCACCUGUGCGGGGUAUCUUACCACAGCAGCGGGUGGUUGGUCUCCCAUAUGGGUUGGCACAGCCUCACGCUGUACCAAUAGUCUAUCAUCAUCCAGAAUACCAGGAGUAUGUUGCUGUUGAUCCUUACAUGGCAAGACAUCAGUUUGGUAAUGCAGCUCAUGCAAUGCCCGUCGGAGAUCACAGGUUACAACAUCGACCUCCGAUGCCUCCAGAUGCUCACAACAUGCAGUGGCUUCCACAUCACCAAUACCACGGUCCAUGUCCUUACAACGCCAACGUAGCCAUGCCAGGGAUGGCCGUGUCUGUUCCCCGUACAGCCUUCCAACCUACGCAGGUCAUGCAGCUUCCUCCAGGACAGGCCAUGGCUCAAAGACCCAUCAUCCAAUAUCCAAUGCCUCCCACUAUCAUCCAUGCACGGCCUAACGUGAUUCAGCAACAGCAGCACCCUGUGCAGCCUAUCCCUAACAUGGCCCAACCUAUUGCCCCUCAGCAACACCCAGGACUGUUUUAUCUUCAUGCUACUUAUAGGGUUGGUAUGUUAGGUAUUGAUACCUUGGCUAGGAGAGUCCAUGAUGAGAGAACACAGUCUAGGUUCUCUCCUAAUCCUCCAUAUGGUGAAGAUAUCAAGUGGCUCAUGGAGAUCUCUAAAAGAUUAGGUGUAAGUUAUGUUCAACAGUUCUGUGCAUGUGUACUAAGUGUGGUGGUGAGUCCGUUUGUUCUACAUACAAUAACCUGGGAGGCUGCUCAUUACCUGGCAUCUAUGAACCACACAUCCGUUCAGGCUAAUCUAAGAUCCCCCAUCUUGAGUCCCAUCGUACAGAAGUGCGUUCAGAUGUAUAUACAGUGUAUACAUCAGAGGAUGUAUCAUAUAACACCACCCGAGUAUGAUGAUUUUAUUAGUGUUGUUCAGAGUGCUCAGAAAGCAUUCUCAAUGCAGGCUGGUGGACAGGCACAGUUUAAAGACUUCAUUCAGUCAUUACGGAGGUUGCCUAGAUGCAAGCAUGAUUUAUGGGUUCGGCUGUCAGCUACGCUCUCACCAAGCCUCUUUGAGCAUUCCUCUUCCUCUUCGGCUUCCUCUCCUUCCACCACUACUGUCUCAACCAAUCACUGACAGUGUCUCAUUCACAGUCGGGCAGGUCAAACCAAUCGAUAAUAGUCUUUGAAAUGUUUGGUUGGCAAAAAUCUUUGGGGGACACCAAAAGUGAGAGACGAUUCCUUUGCUAUGAAUGAUGGGAUAUUGUGUGUAAAUGUUUUCUUCCUGUCUCGUCAGUUGUGUAGAAUAGGGAAAGCCAAAUUCAAUUUCAUUUUGUGAAUGUGUGUGCCAUUUAGUCAACUGUGAUACACAGUGAAUCAAAUCUCAGUAUUUCUCUAAAUUCAAUAUUUCUAUAAUUAAAUGUCAAAUAUUUAAGCAAUUCAAUGCUUCCUUGGUCAGUUCUACAUGUAGGUAAAUGAAUGUUAUUUUCUCUUUUUUGCUUUUCUUGUGAAUUUGAUAAUCCAAAAGUCUCUAGAAAGGGUUAACACAAUAUUCAUAUUUGUUAUCCAUGGGGUGUAAAUACUCAAUAAACUGGUUCUUUUAUAAAGCAGGUCUUCUUACUUCUUAUCCAUUUUCAUUCAAGAGAGCAUUUUGUCCCACCCAAAUGUAUUUUUAUGAAACAAUGUACAGUUUAAUAUUUCAACCAUUGUUAUUUAUUUCCAAAAAUUUUUGUAACUGAUAACUUGAAACUCAUAUGUUUUAUUUUUGUUUUAUAUCCAUGUGCAAGCGUAUUUGAAGGACAUGUGUUUUUGUAUAUAAUAAGUGAAAGGAUGGGUACUAGGAGAAAGACACUGGAUUUGUAAUUAAUUUGAUUGUAAUAUGGAGUAUUUGAAAUUAUUCCAAGAAUGAGUUGUGAAAGUGAUUUAAAGUCAAGAUUGAUUAAUCAAUUGUAAUUGUAGUAGAGCAACCGGUUUUGACUCUGUUACAAUAGAAAAUGAAUUCCUUGGUUUGAGCCAAGAUAAAAAACUGAAAUCUUAUUAGUGUUAAGACAAGUAGCGAUUAACCAUGGAAUUACUUUGUGGCAUGUAAAUGAAAAGAGGUAUUUGUGUAUCAUCCUAUUCCCAAUUUUCAGAAUAUUUACCUCUAAUUCUGCACCAAAACUUUCAUUUCAUUCUACAUUUACAAAUUUUGGAAAUGAAUUGUCCCAUCUCUUUAGAUAUUGACUUUUUGGUCUGCCUAAAGUAAUUUGGGGCUGAUUUUGGUUUUAAUGUUCAUUUGAAAAGAAAGACAUAAAAGCAAAGAAAUUCUAUUUAAAGAAAAAAAAUGUAAGAAAAAAAAUUGGCAUUCAUAAUUUGCCAUGAAGAAAACCUACUAGGUGGUUACCAACAUGGCAUUUGCCCCCCCCCCCCCUCAAAAAAAGGGGGGGGAGAAAUGUGGUCUUUUGUAUGCAAAUAAUGUUUGCAUGUGAAUUUGUGUGCUUAAUUCACAUUUGGUAGAAAAAAUGAUAAUCUUUUACCAGUAAAAAGAAAUGUGGACAUCAAGUGUGAGUGCAGUUGGUGGUCAGGAUAUGAAGAGGGGAUCAUGGUCCUGCUUAGUCCUAGAUACCUUCUCAAUAGCCCCAGUCCUUAUGAGUUUAAAACUAAGGGAAUUUCUCUUAUUUUCAGUGUCUAUUUAUGAUUUUAUGUUAGCCCUUUGGCUACUGGAACUAAUUGGUCCCUGUUUAUAACCAUUAGGAUUAUUUCAUUUAUACAAAAGUCAAUAGGUUAUCAAGAAGCAGAAUAUAUUAGGGGAACAUCUGAAUGUUUCAAAUAUUUUCAAAUAUAUGUCUGAAUUAAAGGAUUUUAUACAAAUGAAAAUGGCAUGCCGGUAUACAUGUACAUUGUAUAUUCCAUCAAUAUGAAGAAGAUACAAAAUAUAUUUUUUGGCAGGGCAUAUGAAAUGUGAGCUCACAAAACACAUCACAGAGUUGCAAAUGAUUCACAAAGGUAUUUGUACACAAGAUGAAAAAAAAUACAAAGCAAUUGAUUUUUAAAUCUUCCUUUUUUUUUCCUUAUAAAAAGUAGCUGAAGCCUGACAUACAUUAUUUCUCUUGCUUUUCAUCUUUAAAAUCAAGUUCAGAUCCUGACAUGUAUCAGUUACUACAUGUAGAUAUAAUCUCAGAAAUCAUCAUGUUAUCAUAAAUAUAUAUUGACAAAGAAUUAAAUUCAGUCAGUUUGCUUAAUUAUUUCUUUUUUUCUAUUAUAAAAUCUUAAGAUUAUUUGCUACAAAUUUAAAGUAUUUCACAUUUCAUUUUUUAUUUUUUUAAUUGUCAAUUUCCUACUUAUUUAUUGAAGAGAUCUUUUUCCGAAAUGUAUAUUUUUCAAUGUUUUCCUAUGUGUAAUAUGUGUAUAACUAGAUGUAUAAACUUAAAUGAGAGAAAAAAAAAUCUUACCCCUCUGUUCUCAGGAUUAUAUUAAGCUACCUUUUUAGAAGUAUUGUUGUUUAAUGUUUAAAAAAAUAUGUGCAAAGGGUUCAGCGUUUAACUUGUUUCAUUGUCACAAGUCAUAUAUAUGUGUUUGAGAUGUUGCUGUAAAUAGCUAUUUGAUCUCAUCUGUAUAUACAUCACUUUUAGAUCUCUCAUGUUGAUUCUGUGAAGCUUCUCCUUGUAGCUGUAAUAGAACUUGAUUUUAUGUAACUGUAUGGAAAAUUGUCAGUUCAUCUCUUCCAUAUCUAACACAAUCCAUAGAUUUUCUUUGGUUUCUUUAUUUUUAAUCCACCUAUGGUCUAUGAUGUGUAUGGAAAAUAAUAAAAAAAGCUAGUUGUUUCAUGGCAUUUUAUGUACUAGAUAAGAAUAACUUUUAUCUUUAUAAUGAAUUGAAUUUUGGGAAGCUCAAUAGGAUUCUAAUGAUAUUUUGAUAUCAUGUGAAAUACAUGAAGAAUGAGAAUUAUUACAAUUCUUACAGAUUAUCAACAUUUUUUAUUCAAUGCAUAUUUUGCCAAUCCUUCUAGAGAAUGAUCAGAAAUACCACAACACUCUUUAUUUUUUCACAAAAAUUUUUUAGGACUCCUACUUGACUUUCCAAAUGCAAUUUGUUUGUAAAAUUGUUCUUAACGUACACACAGUUUUAUGAAAUACUCCUACGGUUACUUGUAAUUUUUUAGCUAUGAAAUACUAUGUUGCAUCAGCUCUGCAUUGGGAUUUCCAACUUAGAAUGAUACCACAUGUGAUCUGUGUGUGUAAAAUUAGGCACUGAUCUACUUUGUCUAAUCUGACAUACAUGCAAUGUUGUACAUGUACUUUAAGAUACAUGUCAUACCAAUAUUAUGAAGAGAAGUAUCUGACUUUAUUGUUAUAUCAAGAGACACUGCAAAUGCUCCAGUCAUCUAUGUAGUCUCUGCCAAAAGAUGGGUUUUUAUUCUGGAUACACUAUGAAUACAAUUUGGAAAAAUAAGCAUCUUGGGAAUCAGGGCAAUAUAACAGUUUCGUGUGAUAGUAGGGACUUUUCGGUUUGCAUGUUCACUUUGCUAUGUCAUUACGUUGCAACAGUCUGCUUGGUGUUUUAUCCAUACAAUGUUUGUUGAAUGGAACUCUGUGACUUAGCAUAUUAUCCUGUUGAAAGAUGUUAUGUGAUAGCAAACAGUUGAUAUAUCAGGUACGUUGAUACAUUAGUCAAGGCUGGGCAUGCCGAGUGUCUUAGUUUGAUAUAUCAGGUACGUUGAUACAUUAGUCAAGGCUGGGCAUGCCGAGUGUCUUAGUUUGAUAUAUCAGGUACGUUGAUACAUUAGUCAAGGCUGGGCAUGCUGAGUGUCCCAGUUUGCUUUGCUCAAUCGACUUUGAAUGCUGUGAACCACGAAGCAGAAUAUGGAGUAUUAUGUAUGACAUAUGAUGUAGUUACAUGUAAUACGUAGCAGUCCACUGGUGAAUGUACAAAUCGAAAACUCUCUAAUUACUCCCUAAGCUAUAUUCUAAUUGUUGGAAUAAACAAGAAUGGAGAAUACUCAAAUAACAGGAGCAAUAAGGAUUUCAAUCUGGAUUUUCUGUGCAAAAAAAUGCGCUCAUCACUUAGAGCAUUUUUUUGAUAAUGUAAUUGUAUUUUGGAAUUUGAAACCGUUUUGGAAACACCCACUGUAAGUGUAACCAUGGAGAAGCAACUUGAUUUUCACAUUUUCAUGAACUUGAAAUACAGAGUCUAAUAUAUUGUAAUGAUAGUCAUUCAUACACAUUUGUCAUCAUAACAGGCAGAGUGUUAACUUCUUUUUACAGCACAGGUGCAGAUGAAUGGCAACAGAAUUGGCUUGCAUAAAAAGGAAACGAGUUUUGCCCUUAGCCAUUUAGUCUUUGAAUGUGAUAUGUUUUAAUUCUGGUCUUACAAGGAUGCAUCACUAUAGGAUCAUUUGUCU